UUCGACGAUAAUAUUGGUUGGCAAGUAUUCCUACCAUGUCUUCCCCCGCGCCUGAAGAAUCUCCACUUUCUCCACCACCAUCAUCUGCACCACCUCCGUCGUUAAAAGAGCCGCCGCCGCCACCAUUGGAGUCAUCGCCACCUCUAUCCACAUCCCCGCCCCCGAUAGAGGUCUCUCCAUCACCACCACCACCGCCAACAGAGUCCACACCACCCUCUGAUCAAAGCUCGCCCUCACCACCGCCACCAGAAAACUCCGAUUCUUCACCACCACCACCACCACCACCUUCCUCUUCUAAGGAAAAUAACUCACCACCUCCUCCCCCGACAACAAAAGAUAAUGGUAGUAAUAUUUGGUCGCCUCCACCACCUCCAUCAUCAUCCAAGUCUCGCAACUCGCCACCUCCACCACGAUCUCUAGGACAAUCAGGGAAUUCGUCACCGAACAAUACCCCUGCUACAUCUUCAGGCAAUGGGGAUGAAGCUAACCUUGUACCAAUUAUAGCAGGAGCCGUGGUUGGAGCAGGGUUAUUGUUGCUGCUUGCCCUGCUUGUAUUUUUAUGUACAUGCAGAACAAAAAAGAAGAGAUCGCCACAUCAUGAUUACUACAAAGAUUACUCCCCUGCACCCAAAGCCGCAGGUGGUCUUUAUUACAACGCAACACCUCUUCAACAACCUGUUAGUAAUGGGCACAAUGAAAGCAAGCUCACAGAGCAAGUUGUAAAUCUUCCUCCACCUCCUGGUGGAGGAUAUGGAGCUUGGUCACCCGCACCACCACCACCACCACCACCUCAAGUUGCAAUUAUGUCAAGUAGUGAAAUGAGUUCCAAUUACUCUGGCUCACACAGUUCGUCAGGAUUGCCUCCAUCACACCCGUCCCUGGCUCUUGGGUUCACCAAGAGCAGCUUCAGCUACGGUGAAUUAGCAGCAGCAACUGCAGGAUUUUCUCAAGCUAAUCUAAUAGGCCAGGGAGGUUUUGGUUAUGUGCAUAAAGGGGCGUUGCCUAAUGGCAAGGAAAUUGCAGUUAAGAGUCUCAAAACUGGUAGCGGACAAGGAGAUCGAGAAUUUCAAGCUGAGGUUGAGAUUAUUAGCCGCGUCCAUCAUCGCCACCUCGUGUCCCUUGUUGGUUAUUGCAUUGAAGGAGGUCAAAGAUUGUUGGUUUAUGAGUUCGUCCCCAAUUCCACCCUUGAAUUUCACCUUCAUGGUAAGGGUCAUCCGACCAUGGGCUGGCCUACUAGGCUCAAAAUUGCCCUGGGAUCGGCCAGAGGACUUGCAUACUUGCAUGAAGACUGCCACCCACGCAUUAUCCACAGGGACAUUAAAGCAGCAAAUAUUCUGCUUGACUACAGUUUCGAAGCUAUGGUGGCAGAUUUUGGUUUGGCUAAGCUAUCUUCAGACAACUAUACUCAUGUAUCUACACGAAUAAUGGGAACAUUCGGGUACUUGGCUCCAGAGUAUGCUUCGAGCGGCAAGCUUACCGAUAAAUCUGAUGUUUUCUCCUUCGGUGUCAUGCUAUUGGAACUAAUAACUGGACGUCGACCUGUGGAUCUCUCCGGGGACAUGGAUGACAGCUUGGUAGACUGGGCUAGACCCUUGUGUGCAAAAGCACUAGAAGAUGGAAACUACGAUGAGUUGGUUGAUCCAGCUUUGGAGGGCAAUUACGAUCUCCAGGAGAUGGCAUGCAUGGUAGCAUGCGCUGGUGCAUCAGUUAGUCAUUCAGCAAAGAGGAGGCCGAAAAUGAGCCGGAUUGUACGAGCACUUGAAGGUGAAGUUUCCUUGGACGAAGGGAGGAAAGCUGGCCUAAUCUUCAGCUCCACUUCCAGUUCUGAUUAUGACCAAAGCUCAUACAGUACAGAUAUGCGGAGGUUUAGGAGGACGGCAUUAGACAGCAACGAUUAUGUAAGCAGCGAAUUUGGUCACACGAGCGAGUACGGGCUGAAUCCUUCCUCUUCCAGCAGUGAAGAAAUGAGUCAAAUGGCCAAGAGUCGGGCAGGGAGUCAGAGACGCAGCCCUUGAGAAUUCUCAAAAUUUCAAACUUCCCAAGACCAUCGAAAAUCAUUUCAAUUUGAGUAUAUAGUUUAUACAAUAUUAUUAAGAGCAGGAUUGUGUAGAAUUAAGUCUAUAUGUUUUCAGUUAUUUCACGAGUGAAGGACUUUUACCAUGCAUGACUGUAAUUAUACAGGCGUGGCCAUGAAUAUUGAAAAAAAA